AUGGAUUUAAGCUAUAUGCUGUGCUUAUGUUUGUUGGCGCUUUGCAGCGCCGCCGAAAGCAAACAGAAGUCGGGCAGGGGGCGAGGCUCUAUGUGGUGGGGCAUUGCCAAAGUUGGUGAACCCAACAACAUAUCGCCCAUAAGCACCGGCUUUAUGUACAUGGAUCCGGCCAUUCACUCCACCCUGCGUCGCAAGCAACGUCGCCUGGUGCGCGACAAUCCCGGCGUGCUGGGCGCCCUCGUCAAGGGAGCCAAUCUGGCCAUAAGCGAGUGCCAGCAUCAGUUUCGGAAUCGCCGCUGGAACUGCUCGACUCGCAAUUUUCUGCGCGGCAAGAAUCUCUUUGGCAAAAUUGUCGAUCGUGGCUGCCGUGAGACGGGCUUCAUCUAUGCGAUCACCAGCGCGGCCGUGACCCAUUCGAUUGCCCGCGCCUGCAGCGAAGGCACCAUCGAGUCCUGCACCUGCGACUACAGCCAUCAGACACGCUCCCCCCAGGCCAACCAUCAGGCGGGCAGUGUGGCGGGCGUGCGCGAUUGGGAGUGGGGUGGCUGCUCCGAUAACAUUGGCUUCGGCUUCAAAUUCUCCAGAGAAUUCGUGGAUACUGGCGAGCGGGGACGCAACCUGCGCGAAAAAAUGAAUCUCCACAACAAUGAGGCGGGUCGUGCGCAUGUGCAGUCGGAGAUGCGUCAAGAGUGCAAAUGCCACGGCAUGUCCGGCUCAUGCACGGUGAAGACGUGCUGGAUGCGUUUGGCCAACUUCCGUGUGAUUGGCGACAACCUCAAGGCCCGCUUCGAUGGCGCUACACGCGUCCAGGUCAGCAACAGCCUGCGCCAGAGCAGCAACGCCGUCGCCGUAGUCAGUCCCAAUGCAGCGGGCGGCAAUGCCGUGGGCGGCGGCAACGGACUCCCACCGGUAGUCAGCGGGUUCGAGGACGAACGCAUGCUCAACGAUCACAUGCCGGAGCUGUUGCUGAGCAACAAGCAUCAUCCGAACAUGCCUUCGCCCAACAGCUUGCCAGUGGCCGGUGCCCGAGCACGGAAUGGUCGUCGCCAGGGAAAGAAGCACAAUAGAUACCACUUCCAAUUGAACCCGCACAAUCCCGAGCACAAGCCGCCCGGUCCCAAGGACAUUGUCUAUCUGGAGCCCUCGCCGAGCUUCUGCGAGAAGAACCUGCGUCAGGGCAUUCUGGGCACACAUGGUCGCCAGUGCAACGACACCUCGCUGGGCGUCGACGGCUGCGAUCUGAUGUGCUGCGGCCGUGGCUAUCGCACCCAGGAGGUCGUCGUGGUCGAGCGCUGCGCCUGCACCUUCCAUUGGUGCUGCGAGGUCAAGUGCAAGCUGUGUCGAACGAAGAAGAUUAUCCAUACGUGUCUGUAA